AAGAUAAUCAUGUUAGGAUGUUAAAAAUUUUAUAUUCCGCUGCCUAUCCUUGCAUGGUUACCUUUCAGUGGUAUCAGAGCCAACGUACAAAACUAUAGUUUUACGUUUGACUUUUAAAAUUUUAAAAGUCAAAAUUUUAACUUGGUGGUUUGAUGCUUGAAGACUUGAUCAAAUUCUGUGAUAUGGAAAUUGGAUAUCUUGAUCGGAAAUCCAAUCCUGAUGUUGUCCAGUACAUUCCAAAGCCCAAGGAGAAAUGGGAUGAUAGAGAUUGCAAGAAGCACAAUCUGGACAACGUCGCCAAAGCAGCCAUCUUCAAGACACUUGAUCACAUCACCUUCUCCAAGAUCAAGCAUCUCAAGACUGCCAUGGAGAUUUGGAAAGGUAUUGGGAAGCUGUGUGAGGGAUCGGAAGACCUGAGAAAGCAGAAGAUAGAAAUCCUGCUUGAAAAGUUCAAAAGCUUCAAAAUGCUUCUACGAGAAUCAUUUGAUAUGCUGGAUGAAAGAUUCCACAAAAUCUUAAAUGAUCUUGCAUCACUUAACCACAUUCUUUCACCCAAAGAAAAGAAUGUAAGGUUACUGAGAUCUCUUCCAUCUGAGUGGUACACCAAAGCCACAGCCAUGGAAGAAGGAAGAAACCUGGAGAACUACACUGUCCAAGGGACAUGCCCAAGGAACUGUGACACACCUUCCUCCAGCCAGCCGUCAAGCUCAAGAAUGGAGAACUACGAUGAGGAAUUUGCCAUGAUGGUCAAACAAUUCCGGAAGUUCAAGAAGUUCUUCAAGAAAGCUGACUCGGUCAGAAGACCAUCCAAGGGAAAGCCACAGGUAAGUGACUCCCCUCCUGAAUCUUAUUUAUGUUAUAACUGCAGGAAACCUGGUCAUUGGAAGUCAGCAUGCCCGUACCCAAAGGUGGAGAAGUACGGAGAAAGAGAAAGGAACGAAAAGAAGAAGAAAGCAAUGGUUGCAGCUGAAAGUGACGAGUCAUCCAACUCAAGCUCAGAUGAAGAAGCCCUCGUCUGCAUGGAGCACAGAGCUGAGAAGUCCAACCAUGAGGAUCGGUGGACUAUGACACUCUGUCUUAUGGCCAAAUAUGAUGCCGAACAAGAGGUGAAAUCCCUCAACAAGGAGCUUGGGAUACUUAAGUCCAAAGAAGCAGUGGAUAAGCUUCUUGAAGCGACUAAACAAAAGGGUCGUGAAGGACUUGGGUUUGACCCCUCCAGUUCCAAGAGAAAAGGGAGAACAACUUUCAUUCCUCCUAAACCUACUGCCAAACCCAAUAAGCAGAAAGGAAAGGAAAAGGAGAAACUCACAGAAGUUCCCAAAAAGGAAGCCGCUAAGUACCCAGGUGUCUGGUACUUAGACAGUGGCUGUUCAAGACACAUGACGGGUGAUGCGAGCCUCUUGAGCAAUCUAAUUCCCUAUGAUGGUCCAAGAGUUACUUUUGGAGGAAGCAAUGACUUUGGCCUCACUAAAGGGCUAGGAAAUCUGGUGUACAAAGGACUAACCUUCCAAGCUGUAUCUUAUGUGGAAGGUCUCAAUUAUAACCUUCUGAGCAUAAGUCAGUUUUGUGAUAAAGGUUACUCCUUGGAAUUCUGCAAGGACAUGGCAUCUCUCAAAAACAUCUCCACAAAUGAAGUCAUUCUCACUGGAAAGAGAAUCAAAAACAUCUAUGAAGUAAUGUGGGACGAUGUCAAGGAAGCUUGCCUAAUCAGCAAAGGUGACACUAACCUUCUAUGGCUUUGGCAUAAGAGGUUGAGUUAUCUCAACUUCAAAACUCUCAACAAGCUGUCCAAAGAAGGCCUUCCAUUAUUCCGGAUCACUCAAACGGCGACAAAUCCGGAAAAGGAGACCCAGUGCCAAUCCAUCCGGAAUCACCAACAAACUCUGUUCUUCAACCAGAAGCUGAACUAGAUCAACCACUCAACCCUAAUCAACACAAUAUUCGUUG